AGGCGGAGCCUGUCGGAGUCCGGGGUCCGAGCGGCAUGGGGAGGGCGGCCGGCUGUUCAGCCCGCAGUUGCCCCCGGAACCCCCCCGGCGCUCGAUUUACCCGCAGGCCCGCAGCGCGACCGCUCGGCCCAUGGAGGCGGCGCCCCGGGGCGGCGUGGACAGCCGCUCGCUGACCUGGCCCCUGCCCGGCGGCGAGGCCCGGGGCUGCCCCCCGCCGCCGCCGCCGCUGCCCCCGGGCCGGGCGCUGCUCCACGGGGAGGUCGGGGGCGGCGGGGACGGGGGGCAGCCCCGCUACGCGCUGACCCUGACCCGGGAGGCGCUGCACGUCCGGCGGCUCGGGCCCCGGGCCGAGCAGGAGCGGCGGCUGGUGCUGCCGCUGCGCCACGUCCUGGGCUGCCGCCGGCGGCGGGGCGAGGGCGGGGACGGGGCGGCGGCCCACUUCAGCCUCUCCUGCUACCUGCCCCGGAGAGGCCUGGUCGGCGCCGGGCGGGGCUGCCGCCGGGUGCUGAAGACCUUCCGCGUGGACGACGGCGCCGGGGCGGCGGAGAACCGGGCCCGGGCCGAUCGCUGGGUGGCCGGCAUCAGGUGCCUGUUGCUGGGCAUCGACGUGCCGGCCGAGGAGGAGAUCACCCUGAGCCUCCUGCCUCGCCCUCGGCGCUUCCUCCUGCUGGUGAACCCUCGCAGUGGGCAGUCCCUCGGCAUGCAGUACUGUCACCAGUACAUUCUCCCCAUGAUCUCCGAGGCAGAUGUCAGCUACAAUCUCGUCCGCACAGAGUAUCAGAACCAUGCCAAGGAACUGGUUCAGGAGAUCAGUCUGUCCGAAUGGGAUGGGAUUGUCAUCGUGUCCGGAGAUGGGCUGCUUCAUGAGGUGAUCAAUGGAUUAAUGGCUCGGCCAGACUGGGAGCAGGCGAUCAAAAUGCCCCUGGGUGUGAUCCCAGCUGGAUCGGGGAAUGCUUUGGCUGCUUCUAUCAACCACCACGCUGGGAACCGGAUGGCGACAGGCGAGGAGCUGCUGCAGAAUUGCAUCCUGUUACUGUGCCGUGGCUGUCCUACGCCCAUGGACCUGGUCUCGGUGACCACCUCUUCUGGCCAACGCCUCUUCUCCUUCCUCAGUGUUGCCUGGGGCUUUGUGGCAGAUGUCGACCUCGAGAGUGAGCGUUACCGUCGGCUGGGACCGGCUCGUUUCACCUUGGGCACCCUGGUCCGCCUGGCGUCCCUGCGUCGCUACCGGGCGCGCCUCUCCUACCUGCCCGCCCCUCCUGGCACGCCCCCGUCCACCAUUUCCACGCCCCCCCCUCACCGGGGCCGCCGACCUCUCUGCCGUAGCGUCACAGCCGACGGGGGGCACCCCACGUCCCACCCUGCCCUCUGCCGAACUCUGUCUGAGGCAGGGGGCUGGCUCCCCCCUUCCCCCUACCCCUCUGCCGAGGGCUUCUCCUUCGAGGGGGUCUCCUUCCAGGAAGAGGAGGAGGAGGGGUUUAAUUCCGAUCAGGUCAGCUCUGAAGGGCUUAAUUCCAUUCACGGGGGUGAGGGUCUGGUCAAUUCCACUCCAGUCAGCUCUGAAGGGGUUAAUUCCAUUACCAAGAGCUUCGGUCUGGUCAAUUUGGAAGGAGUUAAUUCCAGUCCAGUCAGCUCUGAAGGGGUUAAUUCUGUCAGCAAGGAUGCCAGUCCAGAAAGGGUCAACUCUGGGGCUGUCAGUUCUGAAGGGGUUAACCCUGCCCACCGAGGCCCUGGGGGAGAUUGCUCCCCCCACGAGAGAGCAGCCGGACCGAGUGAGGCGGGUGAGGGAACUCCCUCCGGAGGGACCCCACGCCAGGAGCUUCCACCGGACCACCUGCUGGCACCCCUCGAUUGCCCGGUUCCCGGGGGCUGGCGGACGUUGGAGGGUGACUUUGUCCUGGUGCUGGCGGUGUAUCAAAGCCACCUGGGGUCCGAGCUGGUAGCUGCCCCGUUCGCCCGCUUCGCGGACCGCGCCCUCCACCUGCUCUACGUUCGAGCUGGCCUCUCCCGUGCUUCACUUCUCCGCCUCUUCCUCGCCAUGGGCACUGGCACCCACCUGUCCCUCGGCUGCCCGCACCUCACCUGCCUGCCUGUCUCUGCCUUCCGCCUCGAGCCGCUGGGGCCCCGGCCCGGUGCCCUGGCGGUGGAUGGGGAGAGGGUGGAGGGGGGGCCUGUCCAGGCUCAGCUUCACCCUGGCCUGGCCCGGGUAAUUGCUGGAGUCCCUCCACCUUGCCCUCCUCCUCCUCACCGCCCCUCUGGCAAGCCCUGACUCCUCCCGUUCAUCUCUCGCCCUGGGGGAGACAGGAAUUCUACGGUACGUUAACCCACAGUUUGCACAGCUGGGGGUGCAUGUGCAUGAUGCACCCUGUGGUAACACUACUAACUCCCUCCACCUCGGUGCAGAUCGGGGGCUGGAGGGUCUGCCUCUGACUAACACUGAACCCUCUUCCCCGAGCGAAGACAUAUCCUAAUGGCGACCUGUGGGGAUGGGCCGGGAGACACGUCCCACCGCCGUCCUCCCUCUUCGCCUGAACUUUUGUAUAAUUUAUUAACUGGAAUUAAUUUUAACAGUGGUGCUUAGCUCUGGGAGAAGCAUUUCGAUGUAUGAUGAUUGAUUUUUGUGUUCACUGAUCCACGGGACGGGGAUAUUGAUUUGUGUCGAGUUUCACUUUCACCUGAGGGAUGGAACUGGAAUUUUCAUUUGAGAUGAGCUUCACACCUCUCUCUCUCUCUCUCUCUCGAUGUAUAACAUUUCUCACUGGGGGGGGGGACUGAGGAAAAGGGGAUCUCGUUUGGCUAUUGUCUCUGGAGGGAAGGCUGUAAUUUCAAUAAAUCUGUGUGGAACUGGA